AUGGCCUGUAGCAAAUACGAGUACGUAAAAUCAUUCGAACUUGACGAUACACUACUCCCUGAAACCUAUAUAGUCCUCAGAAUAGACGGUAGAGGAUUUACUAAGUUUACAGAAGAAUUAAACUUCAGAAAGCCUAAUGACAACCGAGGACUCUGGGUAAUGACUAGAGCCGCUGUGGACCUUAUGGUCGAGCUUGGCGGCGAGAUAAUUCUGAGUUAUGGACAAAGUGACGAGUAUUCGUUCGUGUUCCGAAAACGAACGAGUUUAUACAACAGACGCCGGUCGAAAAUCCUGUCCACCGUUGUGUCCAUCUACACUGGGGCCUACCUACGCCAUUUAUCCAUUGUGUUCCCGCAUUAUGAUUGGCGUUCAAUUCGGAAGCAAGGCAACAAGACCAAGCAGGUAAAAGGUCCCAUUUUUGAUGGCAGAAUCAUCUUGUAUCCGAACCUACAGGUCUUGCAGGAUUACCUAGCAUGGAGACAAGUGGAUUGCCACAUUAAUAAUUUACACAACUACUGCUUUUGGAACAUGGUAUACAAGGCCAAAGCGGAGCUCACAGCCAAAGCGAAGGUCAAUGCCGACAAAGCGGAUCUUAGUGCCGGCGAUGCGACAGUCAUCACAUCAGACAGCGUACAAGGACCACAUAGCGCACAAGGACCACAUAGCGUACAAGGACCACAUAGCGCACAAGGGCCACAUAGCGUGACUGGCAACGAAGUCACAGUUGGAAGGCUGUCAGAGGUAAAGGAUGCUGUGCACCAUGUACUAAAACUCACCAAUUCAAGUGGUAAAAAUGAAAUCCUCUUUAGCCAGUUCGGUAUCAACUACAACACGCUGCCAGAACUGCACCGGAAAGGUACUUUGAUAUACCGCACCGGUCCCUCCCAGAGUCUUACAUCGUCGCUUGUUCACCACUACCCACACGCAACCGACACACUAGCAGACGAUCCCUAUGACACCACAGAAGAAGGCCUAAUCGCAAACGACCAAGUGCUUCCGUUCCACAGGUUUUGUUCUGAUUCCCCUUUUCGGACGACCGCCGCAUCAUUGGUGGUUAGUCAUCAGGACUGCAUUAAAAAAGAUUUUUGGCAACAGAGGGACUUCCUUGUCCACCUUCUGGAGGACUAA